GGUUGUAAUAGUGUUGUGAUUGUAAAAGAGGGUUUAGCCACACAAUGUUUACAGCUGUACGUACAAAUCCAUCAGAUGGAGAAGUCAUAGUAACUGACACAUUAAAUGCACCUGUUUCCACAUGUAUUACAAAUGUUAUCCCGAAUUCUAUCAUAUCAAGUGGAGUUGGCGAGGAGGAUAACUAUUUAACAGGUCAUUUAAUGGGUGAAUACACUGGUCCAGUUGAAUCCGUUUUACCUCGAGAAUUCAGGCAAAGACUUCAUAAACAUUUUGCUAGAAUCGAACGUGAAUUUGAACGAGAGUAUAGGAGGUUAUAUAGCGAAAACUUAGCAUUACAAGAACGUUUGGAGAAAUUUGAAGAUGGUGAUCAUUCAGAAACAAUAACCUUGGUAAAAAAAUUGGGGGCAAGUAUGCUGUCACAGCGUAUCAAACAACAAUAUAAACAAUCCACAUCUCGUCUAGUUUCAAGUCUUCGUCAAUCUACAGGUCAUUCUUCCAGUAAUAUAGGUCAAGGAUGCACAUAUUCGGUUACCCAGCCAGGAAUAACAGCUACAACUUGUGUUGGUGUAACUUCAAAUACUCUUUCUGUUGCCGUCAAUAGUUCGUUAAAUUAUUCAGGGAAUAUUGCUUUGCCUAGUGGUGGUAGCACAACUGGACAUGGGACAGCCAUUUUUGCUGGAAGCUUUUCAGGACACAAUGGAAAUUUCCAGUUGAUGAAUCGAGUGGCUGGACAUCGAGAUGGUAUAUGGGAGGUUACUUCAUUCAGGAGGUUUAUUGCGACUGCAUCUGCUGACAAUACUGCUCGUCUUUGGAUUAACGAUGGUCAAUUAAAUUGUUUAUUAGUCUAUAUGGGUCAUUCAGGUUCAGUAAACUCUGUUCGAUUUCGAAAUAAAGACAGUUUAAUGUUGACAUCUAGUGGAGAUGGAACUGCCCACCUUAUUCGUUUGCCAUUUGAUUUAAUAACUAAAGCUGCAACUUCACUUACAAGUGGAAACACAUCAGGAGCUGCAUUGGAUGCCGUCGCCUCGGCUCUUGCUUCAGAAACUGCUGGAACAAGUCCUAUGGGUUUGGGAAUGAGUACAAUUUCAGGAACUGCUAUCAAGUCAGGGAUUGAUCCGGUUGGUUCGUAUGAUUCAGAUGAAACGAUGAAUUUAUUAGUUGGUUCUACAGAAGAAGAUCCUCCAGUUCGCAUUGCCGCUAUCCCACCUAUCGCUGUUCGACAUCCUCACGCAAUAUUUCAGUCUGCAAACUUAUAUUUAUCAUCAUCUGGUACAGUUUGGAAUUCUACUGGUGCUUCAGGAUGCAAUGUUAUCGACUCAUCACCUUUAUCUGCUGCUGAUUUUGUUUACGGGCGAGAACAGUUAGUGACAGCAUCGUGGGAUCGUCUAGGUAGAACAUAUGAUCUUGCAACUGGACAAGAGCUAGAAUCACUUACGGGACAUGAUGAUCAUUUGACAGAUGUACGUUGUGAACCAGGUGGGUUUCCUGUUGUUGUCACGUCGUCAAGGGAUUGUACAUUUCGUUUGUGGGAUUUUCGUCAACCAGGAAUGCGGGUUCAUGUUCAACAGGCCCAUAGUCAAACAGUUUCAACCACACAAUUUUUGGCACCCGGUUCUCCUGAACGUCUUAUAAGCGCUGGUGCUGAUAGGUUUUGUCGUAUUUGGGACUUGAGACAAAGCCGUGGUCCAGUUGUUAGCAUUAGAACCGAUGCAGCAAUCAAUCGCUUGGGUUUGUCUGGUUAUGGACCAAGUGUGUCAUAUCAGCCAACAGAAACAAUUAAUCCUGCUCCAACUGUAAUUGGAUCGUCUUCCAGUGAAGCUCCAUCUCAAGCCGCUCAACAUGGGUCUGUGUUAAGUACUUCAGUUCAUAAUCCUUGUUCUUCCAGUUACCCCAAGUAUAUUGCUCUACCGCUGGUCAAUCGAGGAAUAAAGCUUCUUGAUGUAAAUGGCAACAGAAUUGGUCGGUUAACUAGAUCGUCACAUGGUCAUUCUCGUAUGGUAACUUGUGUUGCAUGGGCAAAUGAAGGUGUUCACAAUCUCUUCUCAACUGGUUUUGACGGUCUCUUAUUAGCUUGGCAAAUUCACAUUGGAAAUGUUUAGUAUAUAAAUCUUUGAAAUCUAUUCUUUUACUGCAAUAAUUCGUCGACUUCAGUAUUAUGGUGGUUUUCUAUUUCAUGAUAUGAUGUCAUAUGUGUAUGGCUAUACCUUUUACACUUUGUAAAUACACUUUACACAUAUGUAAGAUAUCAACUACCUGUCUACUCAUGUUUUCAUAAUGACAAUGACUAAUUUUCGUUUUUUUUCAAAGUAGUAAUUUUCGCUUUAUCUCAUUUUCUUCAUGUUACUGUGUCGUUAUUAGUUGUCUAAAAUAUUUUCACUAGGAAUGGUCAAGUCAAUCUAUUACUAUUGUCUUCAAUGUUUAUUUGAUCAUUAUUAUUAUUAUUAUUAUUAUUAUUAUUAUUAUUAUUAUUAUUAUUAUUAUUAUUAUUAUUAUUAU